AUGUCGAUUGGCGAUAACGCGCCCGUUGCGGCGCAAGAAGCAUUUGCACAGAUCGCAACUGCCGAUAUUGAGGUCUUGCUCAAGCAGCUCACCCAAGAUGAGAAGGUUGCACUGUUGACAGGCGAGGACUUCUGGCACACAGUUCCUAUUCCAAGAUUGGGAAUCCCAUCGAUUCGACUUUCGGACGGGCCAAAUGGCGUUCGUGGCACUCACUUCUUCAGCAGUGUCCCGGCGGCAUGUCUGCCAUGCGGAACAGCUAUUGGGGCAACAUUUGAUCGAGAUCUCCUGGUAGAGGUUGGUCACCUUCUGGCAGCCGAAGCUAAAGCCAAAGGUGCACACGUCAUUCUCGGCCCAACAAUCAACAUAGCACGAGGUCCAUUGGGAGGAAGAGGCUUUGAGUCUUAUUCUGAAGAUCCUUAUUUGUCGGGUGUCUUGGCUGGUCACUACUGCAAGGGAUUAAAAGAGAAGGGCAUUGUCGCGACCCUCAAGCACUUUGUUUGCAAUGACCAGGAGCACGAGCGUAUGGCCGUGAGCUCGAUUGUCACCGAUCGAGCUCUGAGGGAGAUCUACCUACUCCCAUUUAUGAUUGCCAUUGCUCUCGGAAAGCCAGAGGCAAUCAUGACGGCGUACAAUAAAGUGAACGGAGUACAUGCCUCUGAGAGCUCUCAGCUCCUGCAAGAUAUUCUUCGAGGAGAAUGGGGCUGGGAUGGGCUGGUGAUGAGUGACUGGUUCGGAACGUACAGUACCUCCGAAGCCGUCAACGCAGGCCUAGAUUUGGAGAUGCCCGGACCGACAAGAUGGCGCGGUGGCGCACUGAACCAUGCAAUCACAUCCAACAAAAUCCCCCUUGCCGCUCUUAACGAUCGGGUUCGUGCAGUAUUGAAGCUCGUCCAGCGAGCCAGCAAAUCAGGCAUUCCUGAACGGGCGCCAGAAACACAACUUAAUCGCCCGGAGGAUCGCAAGCUGUUGAGGAAGAUCGGCUCUGAGGCUAUCGUGCUCAUGAAGAAUGAGGAGAAUAUCCUUCCAUUCAAGAAAGAGAAGAAAAUCGCAGUUAUUGGUCCCAAUGCGAAGAUUGCCACAUAUUGUGGAGGUGGCAGCGCCGCACUGAACCCCUAUGAGACCAUCACUCCGUUUGAUGGAAUUUCAAAUGCAGCUCAAGGAGGUGUUGAAUUUGCUCAGGGUAUCUAUGGACAUCAAAUGCUGCCACUGCUGGGUAAACAGCUUAAAACGGCUGAUGAAGUUGUCGGGUUUACAUUGAAAAUUUUCAAUGAGCCCCCAUCCGUUCAGUCAAGAAUCCCUAUCGAGGAACGCCAUGAGACAGAUUCCAUGGUAAUCUUCAUGGACUAUGGCCACCCGAAGCUGCAACCAGUCUGGUACGCAGAAGCAGAAGGUUAUUAUGUCCCUGAAGAGUCUGGUCUCUACGACUUCGGACUCACAGUCCAUGGAACGGGAAAGAUGUUUAUUGACGGCAAGCUCGUCAUUAACAACGCCGACGUGCAAAGGGCCGGAACAAGCUUCUUUGGUAGCGGAACCUUCGAAGAGGUAGCUGCAGUUGAACUCGAAGCCGGGAGGAAAUAUAAGAUUCACGUGCAAUGGGGAUGUGGCAGCACCAGCACGUUCAGAGUUCCAGGUGUGGUUGAUUUCGGCCACGGAGGCUUCCGCUUUGGAGCCUGCAAGCAGUUGCCACCUAAACAGGGCAUUGAAGAGGCUGUGAAGGUUGCUCAAAAUGCCGAGCAAGUUGUUCUAUUCGCUGGGUUGAGCGGUGAAUGGGAGUCUGAGGGAGAAGAUCGGGCCAACAUGAGUCUGCCCCCCAAUACGGAUGAGCUGAUCUCGAGAGUUCUCGAGGCCAAUCCCAACACGGUCAUUGUGCUCCAAAGCGGCACACCAGUUGAAAUGCCCUGGAUUAACAAGGCCAAAGCCCUGCUUCAUGCAUGGUACGGCGGAAACGAGACGGGAAACAGCAUUGCUAAUGUAGUCUUCGGCGAUGUGAACCCGUCCGGAAAACUUCCUCUCACGUUCCCUCGUCGUCUUAAAGACAACCCAACAUACUUCAACUAUCGAUCGGAAGGUGGGCGAGUUCUAUAUGGCGAGGACGUGUACGUGGGAUACCGGUACUAUGAAGGAUUGGAGGUUGAGCCAUUGUUCCCCUUCGGACACGGUCUCUCAUAUACCAAAUUUGAGCUGUCUGAUUUGAACUUGGGUAGAGAUUCGGAAGGUAUCAUGCGUGUCUCUUGCAAGGUACGCAAUACCGGAUCUAGGGACGGAGCGGAAGUUGUCCAAGUUUAUGUGUCGCCUGUCGCACCCCCGAUCAAGCGCCCCCUGAAGGAACUCAAAGAGUUUUGCAAAAUUCAGGUUCGGAGUGGUGCAGAGGAGGUCGUCACAAUCCCAAUGGACAUCACCCGUGCGACCAGCUUCUGGGACGAGAAAACCAGCAGUUGGUGCAGCCACAGCGGCACUUAUAACAUCAUGGUGGGGACCAGCAGCCAAGGCGACUUCUUGGAGAAGCCGUUCGAAAUUAGUGAGACCACCUUUUGGUCUGGCAGCUGGGACGGGGAACUAUGA